AUGAUCCUGAAGUACGUUGAAGAGAGGCACCACUACAUAUUCGAGGACCUGAACCAUGAAAAGCGUCUCAAUAUCAAGGACAGCCAGCUGGAGAACCUCAAGGCUUACCUGAAUCGGGUCUCUUUACAAUCCCUGUCUCUUUCUCGUGGCCAUCCCUCACAUAUGGAACAGGACCUUGAAGAAAAAAAUCUUGUCUGA